AUGGACACCACUUCACAGCGAGGUGCCAGUACUUCUGUCGGCACGUCGCAGGAAGAGCGGGACCGCAAUGUGUUGCGUCUCGCUCCAGAAAAGAAGGCAUGGAUGCCUCCUAAAUCUGUCAUGGAUCACUUGUCGGCGACGACGAGUGAUCGUUAUCGAACACGAUUGUUCGAUUCGUCGAGGAUUCAUCACCUUGACCCCAGCGCGAAAGACUAUCGCGCUGAACAUGAGUUCUUCAUCGAUGCUUUCUUCAGACAUCGAUGGUACAGUGGGAAUCACAAACGUGAUGGUCCCUCACUACUUCAGGCGUGGAACGCCUACAUCCAUAAUCUCGAGGAUGUAGGUCGUGACGCUUGGAACGACAAACUUAUCAAAGCUCGUGAUAAGUUUGAAAAGCGAACCCCGACAGGUGCACGCUACAAGCUGCAUCGUCUGUCAAGGGAGAAAGGAUUACCCUGCCUCUCUUGGGGAGACUCGUGCCCAUGUUGUGUGAACAACUCUGCACGAGCACCUAAGGAGGCUUACCUCCUUACCAGCCCGUGGUGGCGCGUACGUGUCUCUACUGAGAUGUACGAAGGGAUUGACAACCUGAAAUCCCUUUACGACCGUGCCGGGAAGACUUUCUCCGGCGGUCCUUCUGCGGCACAGGAUGUGUCGCGUCGUACUGCUCGACCAGACCCAGUACGUCAACCAUCAAUUGGGAGCGGGGCUCCCAAGAAUCCCAGGACGGGGGAUAGCCGCGCCACCGGACGAGGUAACUCGUCCGACGUCCGUUCACGUCGCGGUGGUUCAACAGCUGCUCUACUAGAUAGCGCUGGCCACCGCGAGGAGUCCUCUAAUGGAGGUGGAGGAGGAGGAAAGACGCUCUCCACACGAUCAUGUGGAUCGGUGUGUUCCCGAGAGCUUCUUUGA